AUGAGCAUGCACAAUCACUCUUCUUCCGCAACAACUCAAUCAAAUCGAUGGGUGAUCAGGAGGCGUGCUCUCCCCGCCCUUUUGGCCAAUUCCCACGUAGCUGCUUGCCCAAUUUGUCUCUCUCACCGAGAGCAAUCAAAGGAUGCACCUUUGCAGUCAUCUACCCCAUCAUUCAAUGACGAGUCCGAUCUUUUGGUCCGACCGACAAGUGAUAUCAGUGAUGUCAUCAUUCGAUUGUCUAUCUCCACUUCAGGUGAAAUAAACACCUUAUCAACGUUUGGUACUGCUUCAAUCGCCAUACAAGGCGAUGAGCUUCAUUCAAGACUCUCCUCAUCGAGUUCAUUUGGAUACCUGGGUACAAGCCCAGAAUGCCAUAUUUUGUCUUCGAGUGCAACAGACAUCACCUCAUAUUGGAGAUCUACCAUGGCGGUCACGUCGACGGAAAGUUUAUCACCAACGUCCUUGUCGUCUCCUGACGCCCUGAUGCACAAUCUGGACACAUCGAAUGGGUUAUCCACUCUCACAAUCGCUGUCCUGGUCCUAGUAGUGGUAUUUAUCUUUGCAUUAUUUACUUGUUUAUUCAGGCAGAUUCACUGUCGUUUGACUAUGGCACCUCGGAAUUGUGACGGUCGUCGGAGAGGAACACAGCCCCUGUGGAUCCAAGGCUCUCUGAGCUGUAUCAAAACAUCCUUCCGAAAUAUUUUCUGA